GGGGGAGGAUCAUGCAAUCAGCUGGCUUCUUCGUCUAAUCUUCUCGCACGCGACAAAAGUUCAACCCGAGUUUCCCCCGCAUCGGAGCCAAAGCAGAGUAUUAUGAUCCGCUAGAGUCGAGUCUAGAGCAGCACCCGUUAACGCACAGGUCCACUCCGCGUCCUCCCCCUCCCGCGUCCCGUCAGCCGCAGCAGAUUCCCGGAGAGCUCGCCGCCGAGCCGAUGGCGUCGCAGGACGGCGGGUGGGGCGACGGCGGCGACUCGCUCUUCGAGGGCAUGGUCCUCUUCGCCCCCGCUGACCCCGCAGCCGCCGAGGCCGAGGAGGCACCCGAACCCCCCAAGCCGCCCACGCCCUCUCCCGCCGCCGCAUCCGCCUCCGCCUCCGACGCUGAGUCCAGCGCCGCCUCCCAGCCUCUGGACGAGGACCUCUUCUCCGAUCUCACCCUGCUCGCCCCUCAGCCUCCACUAGACCAGGACCAGCACCCCCAACCCCAAGCCCAAGAUCAGAACCACCGCCCCCCCUCGCCGGUCACGCCUACCCCCGCCGCCGCUGCCCUCUCGCGCCAGCCGUCCUCCUCGUCGCUCCGGAAGAAGAAGAGGGCCGUGCGCAUCGGGUACGGCCGCUCGCCUCAAACCGCCCCCACUCUGCCGCCUACCGUGCCAAUCGCUAACACCGCCGCCGCCCCCGCCCCCGCCGCCGCUGCUGCUACGGCUACUAUACUUCGUACUACGAGUAGUAGUAGUAGCCUCUCCGAUGCUUCUACAUAUGACGCUGCUCCCCCUAUCCCCGUCCAGUACCUUGACCAGCCAGGCAAUGACGAUGAGAGAGAUGCAGCUGUGGUGGAUCCGGAUGCCAAUUCUCUGGAUGCAGUCAGCAUCAGUUCUUUGGAUGCGAAACAGGAGGCGAAAGAAGAAGAUGGUGUCAAGGAUGCUGAAGAGGCUGGAGUUGCAGUAGUGGGGAUCGAGGAGAGGUUGGCUCUGCUUAGAUCUCAGAUAUCUGGCAAGCUUGAUUCAGUCCAGCAGAGAGCUGCAGCCGUGGCAGCCAAGAGGAGGCAGCUGGCAGGUAGGCAGAGGAAGGUUGCGGAGGACGUCGGUUCCGCGGCAUCCAAGCACAAGGAUUUGGAGAGGGAGCUGGAGGAGGCGUGCGAGGCCGAGGACUUUGAGAGGGCCGAGAGGAUCAGUGAAUCCCUUGCCGCUCUGGAGAAGGACAAAGAUCGGUUGUUGACUGCGCUGCGUGAUGCGGAGCUUGAUUAUGAUUCGGUGGAUUUGGAGUUGCAGGAUGUGCUUGAGUCCCGCAUAGCCGUGGAGGAGGAAGCUGCUGCCCUUCUCGAGCAGUUUGCAAAGGAUGCCACAGAGCAUGCUGAUUCCGUAAGCAAACAAGCAGAAGAAAUGUCCUCGAAAGAAAUAGAAGGGUGGCAAACAUCAAUGGAGUUACUACAAAUAAAGAAGCUAGAGAUGGAGGUUGAAACAGAAUUGGUUUUAGCAGCACGUUCAGGGUUAGAAGGUUCAGUAGAGCAUUUGAUUAAAGACGAUAAGAGAGAAAAGGACAUGCUAAGUAAGAAGGGAGAUACCCUCACAGUGGAAUUAGCUGAGCUGCUGGAGUUGGUGAGAUUGAAAGAAGCAGAGAUAGCUGAAAACAAUGCUCAGAUCCAGGAGGUUCAAGAAAGGAUCAGUGCAGUGGUCUCCAGAUUUCAUGGCUCCCAGUCAGAUAUUGACAUGAAGAUCAAUUCCUUGCAGGAAUCCCAAACUAAAAUUGAUCAAGAUACCGAGGCACUUGUCUUAAAAAAGAAUGAAAUCGUCAACUGCAUCUCUUCAGCAGAGCAGAAAGACUCAGACUUACGGGAAAUCAUCAAUGCUUGUUCUUCCGAAGCAAAAGCUUGCCAACAAUCAGUUGAAAUCAGAAGGAAGCUUGCAUUAUCAAUCUUGAAGUCAAGGCAGGAUAGAAUUGGGUUAUUAAAAAUGGAGGAGGAAAUUUCGCAAGACAUCCAAAUGCUCAGGCAACAAACAACUGAUGCUAGAACUAGUCUUCAGGAGAUAUCUUCAAAGAGAGCAGGCAUACAGCAAGAGAUGGCUACAUGUAAGCAGAAGCUGAGCUUUAUUGACAAAAGAGGCCCUGAACUAGAGGCUGAAAAGAAGGUUGCUGCUGCUGCAAGGAACUUUAAGGAAGCAGGGAGAAUAGCCGCAGAGGCAAAAGCACUGAAUUCUGAGAAGGAAGAACUGCGUGCUAAAUUGGAGAAAGCUGGUACUGAUCUGGAGGUUAUAGAAAAGGAUAUCACAGCAACCACUGACAAGAUACAGGAAUGCGAAGGGCUUAUUGUGCUCAAAGAACAAGAGUCAGCCAUGGCAAGUUACAAAAGGCUCCGUCUGGACUCCUCCGCUGCUAGAGCAGAAUUGACUGCUGCAACUGAAACGGAUGACGGUGAGGAAGUGGAGAUAUUACGCAAAGAAGCUGAAGCCGCGGAAUCUAAAGCGCUGGAACUCAAAACAUUGUAUAACCUCCAACCGGAUAGUGACGAAUAUAUAUUUCAGCCUGUAGUUCCUAUAGCAUUCAUAACGAAUUCAACAUGGCAGCACUUGGCAGAGAUGGCAUCUUCUUUUGGCCUCUCCCCUGAGACAUGAAUUGGAUAGUGGACUUUUAGACAUGGCUGUGCUUUGAUACACUUGGUAAAGUUUUGCCCCGUAGCAGAACCCUCCUCCCGGCGAAUAUGCCUACCUCAUUGUUCCUCUAAGCUAUCGGCAUCUGGGAUCUACUCCAAACAGGAGUAGUGUAAAUUGAGUGUAUACCACCUGUUUUGCAUACUCUGAACUCUGAGGAAUUUUUUUCCUCCCUCAUUUUUGUGUACAUUAAGACUGUAAUUCUUUUGUUGUGCUGGUUUCUGAUUGAAUUUACAGCGACGGGUUAUCAGUCAAAAUGUAAUCAGAAUAAUAUAUCCAUGAAUAAAGCUUCUUCUGCUUUGCCAUCA